UGACGUGAUGUGUACAGUCAAGAAGCACUCAAUAAACACCCCGUCUCAAUAACAGUUUCUCAUGAGAAAUUGAGAUUGAAUAUAAUUUUCCUAGUAUAUUAUUGUGGAAUUAAAAAUGUCCAUUCCGAUGUAAAUCAAAUUUCUUCAGAAAUCAAUUAACUUAUAUGUACUUUUGUUGUGUUGUCCAACCUGGCAUUGGUUGAUGUUUCCGUUUUUCUUUGGGUGAGAGUUUCCUUCAAGAACGCCGUGCUGUUAAGCUGUCAUAAUGGUAAUUUUUAUCUUUAUAAUACAAAUUAAUCCUAAAUUUUAACAAAUUCUCUUAUUUAUCUGUUUUUUGAUUGUAAUUUUUUAAUGAUUCUCUAUACUCAGAACUGUUUAUUCCCUUAUCACUGUGAUUGAAAAUUCCAUUCUGUUAGCUAUAGGGUCGCGUCAGGACGAAAACCGUCAAGAAAGCAGCUCGUAUGAUCAUUGAAAAAUACUACACAAAGCUGACUUUGGAUUUUGAUACCAACAAGAGAAUAUGUGAAGAAAUCGCAAUUAUACCUACCAAACCACUGAGGAAUAAGAUCGCUGGGUUCGUGACCCACCUGAUGAAGCGCCUCCGUCACUCGCAGGUACGUGGCAUCUCGAUCAAGCUGCAGGAGGAAGAGAGAGAGCGCAGAGACAACUACGUGCCAGAGGUGUCGGCUCUCGAGCAGGAUGUCAUCGAAGUGGACGCGGAGACCAAGGACAUGUUGAAGAUGAUGGAUUUCCAAAACAUCAAUGGGCUUCAGCUGACACAGACACAGUUUGGCAGACGUCCAUAGGUUUUUCACUGUUAUUUUUAAUGAAUAAAAAUUUAUAAAAUACAAAAAA